AUGCGGAUAUCCAGUGGUGUCGAUGAUCACCUCGGUGUCCCCGCCGCUCGUUCUCCCUUCCCUUUUACAACAAAUAGAAACGUAUUGGUGCGUUUGAGCUUCCUCCUUUUUUAUUUUAUUUUUUUAUUCCAGAAAUUAAAUAUCAGACGCUUUCAUCAUCGACGCUCUUCUAAAUCUAAAUCGAAAUAUCGUCUCCGAGACAAAUAUUACGACAAGAGCUCAUCAGACAGUUCCGCAGUCGAUGAAUCAGAGAGUCACGAAAGAAACCCUGGCAAUCCUUAUACUGUACACAAGAAUCAUUACAAACAAAACUGGAUGUGGAAUCAUGUUAUGACAGGAGAUCAUAUGAACGUUAAUCCAUACGCGCCACUGAUCAAUAAUUACGGACCAUCUGGAGCCGCACUUAUAUUUGGUAGGAAAUGGUGGUACUUUAAUCAGGAUGACUACAAACCUUUAUAAAAAGAAGCGUCGAGAAUUAAAAAGAUAAAAGCCGAAAAUUCUUUUAUUUUGAAAUGAACGAAAAAUAUU